AUGAAUUUUGAGCAGGUAAUUCUCAGAUUACUGCUCCAAUUUCCUUCACACACGUUUUUGCAGAAUAAAAUACGCGAAUUUAUUGAAGAAGCUUUAGAAAACACGCUUCUUAGAUUUGAUUUUGCAUCGUUUUUAAUUCCACCAUUAAUGGAAAUAGCAACGGCAUCACCACCAUCAGCAUUGCACGCAAAUGCUUACGAAAUACUCUCUUUCAUCAAUGAGAACUCCAAUAAGCAUGGAAAUCUGAAAGAAAUUAUUCUCCCUUCAGAUUUUAUUUCUUUUAUCGAACUUUCUAUUAAACCAAGAGCAAAGAUGCUCAAAUCCUUCUUUUAUUAA